UAAAAUUGGUUAUUUUGUUAGUUUUAAUUUGUUACAUAAGUUCAAAUUUAUAACAGUUUUUUGUUAUAAAGAACAAAAGCUGUUUUUGAUCAAUACAAAAUUUGGGUUAAAAACUUUAGCAUCCUAUUUUUGUGUUUCAGUUGGUUUGCAAAAAAUUCUGCUAGACUUGGAUACAUAGAUGGAAAGUGGUGACAGAUUUCUAACAGUUGACCUUGCAAUCUCAGAUAUUUAAAACGAGACCAGAAGUUUAUAUACAAGUUUAUAAAAUAAUUAAUAAGCAAACCAAUGACAUCUCCAUGAGAGGAGCAGGGUCCGUGUGCCCUCCGUUGCCUGCAGUGCCCCCAGGCCAGAGCAAGUGCCCCAGGGCCUGAACUGCCUGCAGAGGCAGGGAAGUAGCUAGGCUGAGUGGGAACCGGCUGGCCCUGUCCCCAGGAUGCCAGAGCAGAGCCAGGGAGGGUGCGUCUCUUCCCUCAGAGGGACAAGAGAAUCUGGGCUAGGGUCUGGCUUCACUGGGGGAGAAGAAUGAAGAGGGGACAGCUUUCCCAAGGCACGUUGAUGUGCACAAAGUGAGUUUCCCUGAAGCCAAAGUGAACAUAUCGACAGCUGGCAUGUUCAUAUGACAUGACAUAUGGCAGCGUGUAUGUCUUUAGUGUGUGUUUUAGAAGUCUAACUUUGUUGUUUUUAAAUGAAAGAUUUGAAUCAAGCAAUUAUGGGCCCCCUGAAGUAUCCUGUUUUAUUCCUAGAAUAUUUUGAAAGCCAUCGUUGCCUAUCGGAAGGCCUAGGCCUGCGCUUUUAUGUCCAGUACAUAAGCAGGGUGCUGUGGGCUGGGAAUCGUAUGAGAAGCAGAGUGCAGCUGGUCCUCAUGUUUUUCCACUGAAGUGGUCAGGCGGAGAGGGAGUAAAGCAAAGAAUGCUCUUUGGCGGCUGAGUAGUCUGAGAGCCAGAGAAGAAAUGUGCAAAAUAAGAACACUGUAGGAGGCAUAAGUGACGGGAUUUGGGAGGGGGUUGCGAGAGGUGGCAUUUGGGAUGGGACUGGGAGAGUUGGUCAGUGUCCGCAGCCGGUAGGAUGGUGUAUAGGGAAGCCUGUGAGGAAGGCAGAGGAUGCGGAGGGCACAGCGAGGUUGGAAAGCAGCUGGACUGCAGGUCAAGAGGUCUGCGUUUAAUUCGGGAGUGAAGGUUAGCAGGAAAGGAAAGCAACGACGCCAGAUCUUGAGUUUAGGAACUUCAAUCUUGUAAAGUACCAAAUCUAAUAAAAAUUAGUGCUUACUCGUCCUAAAUCAACUGGCCCAGGCAAGCAAUGUUUGCAGGGCCGACAGAUUCAAGCCAGCGCUGUCCAUGGUAACCAGCUUUUGUGUGGCUUAAAGCUUGCAUCCAUUUUCUCUUUUCAUCGUUUUCCCAAAACAACUCUGUGAGGGCAGUUAGCCCUGCCUGGUAGACGAAGAAGCCAAGGAGGCCUAGGGUCAGAGCCAGGAAGACUCUGGGACCUAAAGUCAGCUCGGCGGCCCUCACGCCGCCUACAAGGCUCAUCGGGCCAUCGGGGUCCGCGGCUGCGGUAAGCAACCAGGGAAGUCCUGCCGGUUCCUGGCUCCGCCUCACGCCCCUCCGCGCUGGAAGCCCCGCCUCUAGAGGGCUCGAUGAACCGCCACUUCCGCGGCAUCCAAUGAGACUUAGCCAGGGGCGGGACGGGACGCCACUGAGGACCAAUCUGCUUGGGCCGGGGCGCGGCAGCGGCGGGUGGGUGCAGAGGGACCUCACCGCGGACUUAGCCGGGAGAGAGAGCCCGGCGCGGGCGGCGCGCACCGGGCCUGUGAUGCGCGCGCCCGCCCGCGCAGCCCCUCGACCCUCUCUGCCCUCGGGGUCGUGGCGCCCAUCCCUCCCUUGUUCUGCCGUCGCCGCCUGGACAGGGGCUCGGGAGUCGAGCUGGGGGCAGGGGCGGGAGCCGCGGGACCAGCGCCUGAGCACAGAUGCCCGGAGAAGCCAUGGAGCUGAGCAGCAAGAAGAAGCUUCAUGCCCUGUCCCUGGCCGAGAAGAUCCGGGUGCUGGAGCUCCUGGAUGAGUCCAAGAUGUCCCAGUCGGAGGUGGCCCGGCGCUUCCAGGUCUCCCAGCCCCAGAUCUCGCGCAUCUGCAAGAAUAAGGAGAAGCUGCUGGCGGACUGGUGCAGCGGCACAGCCAACCGCGAGCGCAAGCGCAAGCGGGAGUCCAAAUACAGCGGGAUCGACGAGGCUCUGCUCUGCUGGUACCACAUCGCCCGGGCCAAGUCCUGGGACGUGACGGGGCCCAUGCUGCUUCACAAAGCCAAGGAGCUGGCCGAUAUCAUGGGCCAGGAUUUCGUGCCCAGCAUCGGCUGGCUGGUUCGAUGGAAACGCCGAAACAACGUCGGCUUUGGGGCCCGCCAUGUUCUUGCGCCUUCAUUCCCCCCUGAGCCACCUCCCCCGGGGCUCACAUCCCAGGCCCAGCUGCCUCUUUCCCUAAAAGACUUCUCUCCAGAGGACGUCUUUGGCUGUGCUGAAUUGCCCUUGCUGUAUCGGGCAGUGCCCGGCAGCUUGGGUGCAUGUGAUCAAGUACAGGUGCUGCUGUGUGCCAACAGCAGGGGCACCGAGAAGCGGCGGGUACUGCUGGGUGGGCUCCAGGCUGCCCCCAGAUGCUUCUUUGGGGUCCGCAGUGAGACUCUGCCUGCCUCCUACCACCCUGACCUGGGCAUCCCCUGGUCAGAGUGGUUGGCACAGUUUGACCGGGACAUGGGCGAGCAGGGCCGACAGGUGGCCUUGCUGCUGGCUGCCCGAGUGGUAGAGGAGCUGGCAGGCCUGCCUGGGCUCUACCACGUGAGGCUCUUACCUCUGGCCACCUCUAGCACCACGCCUCCCCUCCCCAGCUCGGUGGUCCGGGCCUUUAAGGCUCAUUAUCGGCACCGGCUGUUGGGCAAACUGGCUGCCAUCCAGAGCGAAAGGGAUGGCACCUCGCUGGCUGAGGCCAGGGCGGGCAUCACAAUGCUGGAUGCCCUGCAUGUGGCAGCAGCCGCCUGGGCCAAGGUGCCUCCUCAGCUCAUUUUCAGCAGCUUCAUUCAGGAAGGGCUGGCUCCUGGCAAAACACCUCCGUCCUCAGACAAAGCCUCUGAGAUGCCACCAGUCCCCAGCGGGCUGAGUCUAGAGGAGUUUUCCCACUUUGUGGACCUGGAAGGUGAGGAACCAGGGCCUGGGGUGUGCAAAGAGGAGACAGGCACUGAAGACAAGGAGGGGGACGGAGAGGGCGCCUUCAAGCCCCUGCCCACUAGAGCUGAUGCCCUCCGGGCCCUGGGCACAUUGAGGAGGUGGUUUGAGUGCAACAGCACUUCUCCUGAGCUAUUCGAAAAAUUCUACAACUGUGAGGAGGAGGUGGAGCGGCUUUGCUGCCUGUGAAGGCGCCUUCGCUGCCCCCGACUCCUGUUUCCCAUGGAAACGGCCUCUUCAAAAGGCAGAUCCGGCUGUCUCUUUCCUGUGGAAAUACAACUGUCGUAAAGGUGUAGAAGUUGGGACACCAAGUCUGAGCUUGGAGUGGCAGUCAUCCAAGCUCCAAGAAGAGAGCUCUAAAGAUGGUACUUCCGGGGUAGGAAUCCAGGCUACUUUAGUUUCUAAACCCUGCUUCAAAGUUCUAGAGCCUUAGAGAGGAGUUAAUCUAGAGGCUGGGGCUUAGAAAGGUGGAAUUUGGGCUUUUGGGACAGGCUGCUUCCUUGAACUCUGUGUUAAAAACAGUUCUGCUUCUGGAAAUAAAGUUUUUAAUCAGA